GGAGUAUUCACAAAAUUUACCACUGCCACAAUGAGCGAGAUAAGAUUUGACCAAUGAUCCGUUCACGCAGAAUAAUAAUAAUAAUAUAAUAAUAACAAUAAUAAUAAUCAUUAAACCAUAUGUCUUUACGUGGAUCUUCUUACACAAUCCUACGAUUUCCGGCCAUUUGACGUCAUAACCCUUAAUGUUCUACUGGUGGUUUCUCUCUCUCUCUCUCUCUCUCUCUCUCUCUCUCUCUCUCUCUCUCUCUCUCCUUACACUGACGAGGCAGCAUGGCAAUGAAGUCAUUCGGUAUUUAGUCCAAGGGUGCAAUGUCACAGAGAAAACAGCGUUCCAAUCUUCAAACUUAGAAACGAAAAGCUGUGUUAUUAUAUGCGUCUUUUAUAACGAUAGCAAUGAAUAUUAACUGGUGGAAAUAACUGAUAAAUGAUGCUCUUUAUAGUGACAACAAGUGUAGGCUAAUACUCUGAUGUCCCUCGAAAUAACAGUUAAAUGUGAAAUCGUGUUUGAGAUAUCAAAUAUGACUAAUUGUUCAAAUGGUGAUUGUUAAUUUUACCGAGUAUAAUGAUCAUCAGGUGGUGAUUAUAUCAGUGAUCAUAGCUCAAAUCGCUGAUCAGUGGAUAUUUCUGCAAUAAAAAUAAUAGUGACAGUUGCUUGGAGCUUCCAAUUCCGAGAUUUAUUCAUGUGAAUUAGUGGCUUUGUAGAUUAUCAUCCACUCGCAAGCACAGUGGCACUGCUGAAAAGUGCACUAAUAAAAAAUGGCACUUGGACUGUGUAGACUAGCAUCCACUAAAGAGUAAAGUAGCAUUAUUGAAAAGUGGCAUUGUGAAAAGUGGCUUUGGUGACUGUGUAGACUAAUAUCCACUAGCGAGUAAAGUGGCAUUAUUAAAAAGUGGCACUAGUGAAAAGUGGCUUUGGUGACUGUGUAGACUAGUAUCCACUAGUGAGCUGAGAAAAAAGUCACUAGUGCAACUUAUUUAUUUUCUCUUUCUCCGAGUAAGAAGAACAGUGAAACAAAUAUCCUGCAGAAGGUCCCGGAUACGGCGCAAGGAAUUGGCGUAAGCAUUCAGCUAAACAUGACGAAACAAAUUUCGUGACAGUAACAGCGUCGGAAGGUGCACAACACUUAGCAGAGCAACAAAUAACAAAUGCGCAUGAAAAGAUAUCGAGAUACAGAAAAGACAAAAAAGUCCACUACAGACUAUUACUAAAAAUCAAACCACAAAACAAACAAAGAUUUAAAAGAAGCUUAUGGCAAUUCUUUGGGAGAGACGUCCCAAGAUAAUAAAAAACGUAAUUUCAAUCGAAACUUGAAGAGUAAACGGGUGGAGAAAUAAUUACGCAUUUCAAUUCUCGAGACAAACGAACAGCACUCGAUCGUGUCAUCUCGUAUAAAACAGUUCAAACUGAGGAACACCACAGAAAACUGCCAUCUAGGAUACGAAAGUUCGAACUGAUAUAAACCUCAGUAUUUCAACGUGAAAAUCACAAGGCAGAGCUUCAAGAUGCUUGGAGUAUUCUGGCACUUAUUUCUAAUCUCUGCGGUGACAGAGAGGGCAUUCGGCAGUGCCGUUCUCUACGACAAUGGCUACGAAGGAAUCGUGGUAGCAAUCGGCGAUCAAGUCGAGCAGAACGAUACCAUCGUCGAUAAUAUCAAGCGGAUGUUCCAGGAAGGUUCCAAAAUCCUGUAUGAGGCAACCAGACACAGAGCAUACUUCCGAGAAGUUACAAUCGUUGUACCAGCAACAUGGAAACAUAAGGAUGAAUACAUGCAAACUCAAAGUUCUGGAUGGCUCUCAGACGCCGAGAUUCGCGUUGACAAACCCCACCCAGCCUAUGGCUCGGAGCCAUACACUCUCCAGCUGGGCGGAUGUGGCGAACCUGCCGACUAUACGCACCUGGCAGACACCUACGCUACUGAAAUGUACAACGAAAUGCUGGAUAAGUAUGGACCCCCAG